CCUGUACCGAAACCCAACCAGCCCCACAGCCGCCGCCGCCGGCUCCCCAACCCAAAUCCGUCGGUGUACCCCUACGCCGCCGUACCCUACCCCAGGUAGUCCAACCAGGCCGGCGCGCCAGAAGAUCGAGGAAGUACAGAGCAAGGUACGGCCCCUGCUACGCUACCCUACAAGCAAGUCGCUCCCCCCCUGCGCGAGAAUUCGCCGGCGCGCCGUUGGACGGCGGCGCGGCGCAAUUCUCCGGUGGUCGCCGUACCUCCUUGUCGUGAAGAACGGCGUGCCGGCAGCAGAGCUGUUGGUGUGACGGGACUCUACAGCGAGGCGGCGAAAAACAAGGAUCAAUCAGAUCGGGAGGGCAAAUAAUUCCUUUCCCCGCCGCACGAUCAUGGUUGAGCCUCUAAUGGGGGAAGUGACGUUCUUCAAUUAUCAAGUCAUUUUGCGAUUUCAAGAUGUAUUAUACUUACCUAUUGUUGGUUCCUUAUGCAGGAUGGCAAACAAAGGUAAUCCCGGAGCGAAGAGGAAGAAGAAGCAGGAGGCUGGCGGGCAGAAGAAUCAGGAAGCUGGAGGGGAGAAGAAGCAGGGGGCUGGCGGGAAGAAGAAGCCGACCCUGCACUGCUUGGCACUUGAGGAGGAGAGAGGAUGUAAAAAGUUCAAUGAAUAUAUGCAAGAACUGGCUAACAAGUCCCCUGGAAAAGAUAUAUGCGUGGUUGAGCCAUCUCGCGGGGAUACACAAACACCUGGUGAAGCACUGCUAAUUGAAGAGGCCCAGACAGCAAUCCUCAGAGUCAUUCAUCUAUAUAUGGACGAAAUCGAGGAAGGCUGGUGCUUCAGCACAGUCAGCGAGAGCAAUACAGUCGUCACAAAUCAAGACAUUCCUAAGAUUCUGAAAGAUAAUCGGGUGAGAGCAACAGCGGAAACAGUUACCAAAUGCGUGACUGGUUUAGCUGAAAUGCUUAAGAGGGUUGUCAUGGAUUCGAGCCCAUCCUACCGACAGGAUCCUAAUAUCAACAAGGAGCUGCGUCACCUCCUUGGUUUGAUACGCAGAUACAAGUUCAGGGCAUGCACAUUUUUGAUCAAGUACCAUGCAGCUACAGUUCCUCUAAUCAACAGACUGAUUCUCUUCAUUAUGAUCUAUGAUCAUACUGUAGAGAUUCUAAGGCGCACUGACCCUAAGGCGUAUAACACAGUAAUGACGAGUCUUGACUGCCCAGCAAAUUGGGACAAUCUUGUGAGAAGUAAUAACUUUCUUCUGAUGUACUACGACUGUGGAAAGUACGAUCCACAGGCGACUACUGAUGGUACAGACCCAGUACUGGAGCCUUUGAAGUUCCUCAGGAACUGCCCAUCACAUGCGAUGCGACAUAGCUUUUCUCGAGACGGGGUUGCAUUUUGCAGGUUUGAUCUUGCAAGAGCUCAAUAUCAGAGGUUUCCUGAGGUCAUGGUAUCAAUGCAGACGAGUUUGCAUUCGCUGGGGGAACUCCAAGCCUUGGGAACGCAAUAUCUGUUCCCUGCAAAGAUAAAAGUGACGCCCAAAGGGCCUGAAUCCUGAUACUGAGUAGUUCCAGGCCUUGUUAACGCAAUAUAUCUGUUGCAAGCAAGGAUAAAAUUGACGCCCAAAGGGCCUGAUACAGACUAGCUCCAGGCCUUGGGAACGCAGUAUCUGUUCCCCGCAUGUAUAAAACUGACGCCCAGAGCCUGAUACAGAGUAGAUACCAUAGUUCUUUUGUCCUGUUGUCUGAGAUACUUUAGUGGCUGUUCAAUCUCUUAGUUGACUUGGCCACUUGUAACUGUAGUAUACGGUAUUGCUGUAGGUGUGUAGUAGUGAUACAUAUUCCUAAUCCAACUUCUGUUCCUACAGAGUUUGAAAGAUCA